GGAGUUGAGGGGUGGGGAAGGCGGAGACCCAGAGUGCUGGCACCUCUGCAGCUGGGGGCCACCACAGUGGUCCUGAGGGCGCUUGUGUCUUACUCCCUUACCCCAGCCUCCCCAGGCUUGCCCAGGGCUCCUCGCCCUGCACCCCUCACAGCUUCCCCUCUGGGGCAGGUGUUCAGCCCAGUGGGUAUGGUACCAUUUAGGACACACACAUCCCAUAAGAGUCCUGGGUUCAAGUCCUGGUUUGGCCCCUGAUUCCGGCUUCCUGCUAAUGUGGACCCGGGAGACAGUGGUGAUGGCUGAAGUACCUGAGUCCCUGCACCUCCCACGGGAGCCCUGGACUGUGUUCCCAGCUCCCAGCUUUGGCCAGGUCCAACCCAGGUCAUUGCAUGCAUUUGGGAAGUGAACCAACCGUGGGAGCUUGGUCUGUGGCGUCUGUCUCUGAAUAAAUAAUUAAAAAUUUAAAAACAAAGCAAAACGCCCCUCCGCUCUUUGCCUCAGUCCCUGUGGUAGCUCCUCCCUGCCCACUGGCUGGUCCAGGAGACACUGAAGACCCCAGCCCCUCUCUGCCCCUUUGUCAAGUGUUCUUUCUGAAUUAAUUGAUAUGAUUAUUUUUUUUUUCCUUUAACCCAUUUAUAUGAUGGAUUAUGUUGAUUUUUAAAAUAUUGAACCAUCCUUGCACUCUAGGUUAACCCCCACUGGUCAUGGUAUAUUAUUUUAAAAAAAUAUUUAUUGAUUUAAUUGAAAGGCAUAGAAGUGGCAGCUUGGGACUGGUGUGGCACAGCAGGUUAAGCUGCUGCCUGGCAUUCCAGCAUCCCAUUUGGGUGCCAGUUCAAGUCCCAGCUGCUCUACUUCCAAUCAAGCUCCCUGCUAAUGCGCCUGGGAAAGCAGCACAGGAUGGCCCAAGUGCUUGGGCCCCUGCACCCAUGUGGGAGACCCUGAUGGAGUUCCCGGCUCCUGGCCAUUUGGGGAGUGAACCAGUGGAUGGACGAUUCUCUCUCUCAAUCUGCCUUUCAUAUAAAUAGAAUAAAUCUUGAAAAAGAAAAAGAAAAAAGAAGUGGCAGGCUAACCCUGCCGUGCCAUAACACCAGUUCCUGGAAUUUUCUUUACUAGAAUUUUUCUAACAUCAGAGUCAAUUUCUUUAAUAGACAUGGCACUAUUCAGAUGUUCUAUUUCUUCUGAGUUUUGAUCCUUUGUACUUUUCAGUGAAUUUAUCCAUCCCAUCUACCAUUUAUUUUGCCCCGCUUGCUGUAGUCUCAAGUUGCUCAUAUAUCUCAUUUCCUGAGGCGGAAACUCAAGUUUUCGAUUGUAGAUCUUUCUUUUCCAACACAUGCAUUUAAUUCUAUAAAACUUCCUCUAAUCGCUGCUUGCCCUGCAUCCCACAGACUUUGACAAGCUCUGUGUUGUUUUCCAGCUUCUCCUGGGACUUCUUUGACUCAAGUAUUUAAUUCACAAGUAGAGGAGAUUUUCCGGCCAUUACCCCGUCACUGGUUUCUGCUUUAGUUCCUCCGCGGGCUGAAGCACACUGCAUCACGUGUGUAUCCCUUCAGACUUGUUGGGUUUGUUUGCGGCCGAGUGUGGGCUUUCUCAGCAGCGGUCCUGACGGGAGCCUGAAAGACUGGGGUGUUCUGUCUCGGAGGCCGUCGUCGCUGAGUGUGGGUCGGGCUCGGCUGCUGGCCGUUCAGGUCAGCGCAGCCUUAGCCAUGUUCUGCCGGUUCGAUCUGUCAGUCGCUGACAGGAGUGUCUGUGCCCGUCAGUGAUGCCGGGUUCUGAACUGCUUGCCAUUCUGUCAGCUUCUGGCCUCCUGCGUUUUGAUGCAUUGGGGUUAGGUGAGUGUGGAUGUAGAAUUGUUAGUGUUCUUGGAACGGUGGCCCCUUUAUCAUUCUGUAAUGCCCCUCUUUAUCCCUGAUUGUAUGCCUUGUUCUGGAGUUGAAGUGGUCUGAGUGUAAUACAGCUACCCCGUCAUUCUUUUGAUUACGGUUAGCCUGGCAGACCUUUCUCCAAAUCUUUACCCUUUCUCUUCUUAGUUAAGAUUUUGAUUUAACAUAUUUGAAAGGCAGAGGCAGACAGGGAGAGAAGAGAGACAAGAGAAGGAGGUUGGGGCAGAGCGUGAGCUAUUGUCCACUUCCUCUGGUUCACUCCUCAAAUGCCUGGAGUAGCGUGGGCUGGACCAGGUGAAAGCUGGGAACUGGGAACUCGAUCCAGUCUCAUGUAGGUGGCCAGGACCCGGGUACUUCAGCAUCGUCCCUGCCUCCCAGGGAGGGCAUCAGCACUGAGCAGGGCAGGGGUUCUUGAUCACUCAUCUGCUACCUGCUCAUUGAACUAGCUCUUUCCUCCACCCUCAAGCCUUGUCUUCACUAUUCUGUUUCCGUACCAGUGGCACGAACUAAGGUUUCAGUAAGUUUUGUUUUUAAAAGAUAUAAUUUAUUUGAAAGGCAGAGUUACAGAAAGGCAGAGGCAGAGAGAGAGAGAGAGGUCUUCCAUCACUGGUUCACUCCCCAAAUGGCUGCAACGGCUGGAGCUGGGCUGAUCUGCAUCUCCCAUAUGCGUGCAGGGACCCAAGGACUUGGGGCCAUCUUGUACUGCUUUCCCAGGCCAUAGCAGAGAGCUGGAUUGGAAAUGGAGCAGCCAGGACUCAAACCGGCACCCAUGUGGGAUGCCAGCACUACAGGUGGUGGCUUUACCUGCUAUGCCACAGCACCAGCCCCUUCAGUAAGUUUGUCUUUUUUCUCCACUUAUGAAUACAUUUUGGUUACCAUCAUCAUCAGUAAUAUAGAUCAAAUUCAUUAUUACACUCUUAUGCAGUAUUCUGUUGUAUAGAUGGGACUAUAGAACAUUAAAUCAACCCCUAGCGGAUGGAUAUGGAAGCUUUUUCUAUUGCGUGUUAUUCCCGAUGGCUGACAUCUGUUCCUGGCCCCUUGGCUGUGGAGCCAGGGCUUCCCCAUUCCUGACGGUGAACAGCAGGGAGCACUUCAGUCCUGCCUUUGAGGGGCUCGCUGUUGGCAGCCAUCCUGGUGCCUGAGUCAUAGCUGCCCUUAUGACAUCACGGGUCCCCCUCCUCCACUCUUGUCAUGCCGUGGCCGGAGGAACACAGGCCUGAGGGGAUCUGAACCAUCUACACCCAAUCCCUGCGUGACCAAUGGCGGAGACUCAGUCUACACCAGAGGAUGAGCCUCAGCAGAGUGCGGAGCCCAGCGGUGUGUCCUCGGCACCACCCGCCUCAAACAAGAAGGAGAAGACUAAACCUCUGGCCGAGACAGAGAAAGUGGAAAAUGCUGACAGUAAAGUCAAAGAAGUGCCAAAGAGAGAGAAGAAGAUCUUUGAUGAAAAGACGGCAGUUCUGGCGAUCCAGGCCUGGUGGCGGGGCACCCUGGUACGGCGGGUGCUGCUGCACGCGGCCCUCCGGGCCUGGGUCAUCCAGUGCUGGUGGCGCCUGAUCCUGAACAGGGCCCUGGAGAAGAGGCGGCGAGUGGCGCUGGAGAACUUCACCCGGGAGGAGUGGGCGGCCGUGAGGCUGCAGUCCUGGGCCCGCAUGUGGCGCAUCCGCCGGCGCUACUGCCAGGUGCUCAACGCCGUCCGCAUCAUCCAGGCCUACUGGAGGUGCCACACCUGCGCUUCCCGGGGCAUCAUCAAGGGCCAGUACAGAGUCACGGCCAACCAGCUGCAUCUCGAGCUGGAGAUCUUGCUGGGCUCGGGGCCUUGCAUUGUGACAGAGUGUAUUCCCCUCCCAAUAAAGCAGUGACGUGGUCCUCUCCA